UUUUGUGAAAGAAGCAUAUAGUAGUAGUAAUAACACCUUGUACAUAAAAAAUAAGUUGCACAAUUACCGUAAAUACACUAGCUUGCUGGAGAAAACAGUUGACAUUUAUUAAAAAAAUCAUGAAAAUCAAGUAACUGAUUUGGCGAAAAUCAUGUAACUGAUUUGGCAAAAACAUACUGUAACCUUUGAUGAUGCAAUUAUGUCUUGGGGAACACAUCAAUUAGGUUUGAGAAAAGCGUUUGAGGGUUUUGCACAUCACAGAUACAACUCAUUAAUUUACACAAGUUGUGUGUCUUGUGUUAAGACCAAAUAAUUACCCGGAGUAAUUUCAUACUAGGCGAAACUGGAUAACGUGGUAAAAUUGGCCGAGUGCGCCGAGAACCGGGUACAAACCACUCGGUGCAUCCCUAAACAUGUCCUUGGUGGCCAAUCAGAUUUUACCGCGCAAUUAUAUUAUAGAUCUGUUUGAUACAUAAUGUAUUUUAGGCAAUCCCAUUGAAAAACUCCAAUGGAUUCUGAUCCGGCGAUCUUGAAACCAUGUCUCGGUACCGCAAAUGCGCAGUUAGAGGCUGUCAGGACAGUGUUUCAGUACGACUAUAUGCUAUAGACAAUGCUGCUGGAAGCUUAAGGGCGAUGCCAAAAUUGACAGAAUGCCAUGUCAAUAGAAAUUGUAUAAAGAAGAUGAAGGUUUCACAUGCUACCCAAGUAUUCAGUCACACUGUGGCAUCUGUGAUGACUCUAAUGGCACGUGCAGGAAUAGUGGGCAUACAAGGUGAAAAAUUAUCCGAAACUGCACAAGGAACAGCAAAAGUUCUCAAGUUUUUUGAUGAUAUCAUGGAUAGUGUCAAUGGGUACAGCCUAUAUCCAUCCAGUGGGAAACCCCUGAGGUCUGCUGUAUCUCUAUGCACAGAUCACUUUGAAUUCUGGGUUGAAGCUCGUCAAACAUUAAGAAAGAUGUAUUACCAAGCAGAGGGUACCGAAGAACGAUUAAGGCCACCAUCAUUGGUCAACUGGACAGUCACCAUAAAUGGCAUUAUAGACAUAUUUGAGAUGUUGGAACAAGGCAACGUGAAUCACUUGAAGUGUAGGCGACUGAACCAAGACCUAAUUGAAAAUUUCUUUGGCCAGAUCAGACAGCAGGGUUUACGAGACACCAAUCCGACUUGUAGUCAUUUUAAAAAUCAUUUCAAAACAUUACUGAUAACUUUUCUAGCCGCCACUCUAUGUCAGCUAAUUGUGAAAGUGAAAAUUCCAAAAAUAUCAUAGUGGCAGUGAAAAAGUUCAUCACUGUAGAUGUGGUAGUGCCUUCAAGAACAGAUUUUUGUUCAUUUCCAUCAGAAAUACCAAACUUUGCACUGCAGUACAUAAGUAAAGUUAGUUUAGGAUAUGUAAGUGGUUUCAUCACCAAAUAUGUAAAAAAAGAUAUUUCUUCAUGUGAAGUUUGUAUGAGAGAUAUAUUUUCAGAAAAUCCUGUGGAUGAGUGGCAUGCUCUUAUAGCUGAAAAAGAAUACUUGAAAACCAUGCCUGCAAAAUUAAAAUAUUGUCAUUUGAGAAUAAUACAAAAAUUUGCUGAAUUAUACAAUAUUACUAUGCAUAUGGUGCCACAGUUAGCAUAUAAGGCAAAUUCAGUUGAACUGUUGGUAAAUUUCAUAAAAUCAAAGAUCAGUUUACCACUCAGCUGCCCUAACCAUAAAGAGUCAUUAAAUUCCAAAUUGAUAGAAAAGUUCACAUUUUUUCUGGGCCAUAACUGGACAGUAGGCAUAAAUAGAGCGCUGAGUGGUAGAGAUCUACGGCCACUGAAUAAUGAUCCGGUCAUUAAACAGGCCAAAGAAAUCUACCUUAAGAAUAGGAGGUACAGAAAGUAGAUUAUAAUGGACAACCAGUAUAUUUAAGUGCCAUAUAAUUUUUAUAUUGUUACAUUUAGAUGUAGGAUAUAGAUAUUUGAUAGGAGGUUCGAUACGUAGUAACAUCGCUCCUUAAAUCGUAGGUUUUCCUGCAGUUUAUAGUGAAAAGAAAAUUGUGAAAUCUGUCAGGAGUCGAGUGUUUAGUGCACUCUUCAUCUCGAAUGUAAGAUCUCCACUAUUGCAUGUCAAAUAUUUGAGUAAUUGCACAUAUCCUUAUACUCCUCAGCAUCAUAUAAAUUGAACUUAGAUCUAGUUAACAUUGAAGAGUACUGCAAAAGACAUUGAAGAUCAAUGCUUCAAAAUGUUCUACCAUGCUAUUUGGCCCAAAACUGUUAGUACAAUGGUUAGAUGGCCGAAUUGUUCCUAGUCUUAACGACACCCAUACUCCUAUAGUAGACCAUGCGAAGAAUUUAGGGAUCAUCAUGGAUUUGAGGUUUAACAUGUUACGCAUUUAUCUCGCUUAACAUACAUGCGUUUGAAGAUAUACAACAAUCGCCAUAUUCUGAAUUUCAAGACUCGCAAAAAACUGGCUGAGACUCUGGUGCUAUGGUUAAUAAAUUAUUCAAUUGCUGUUUACUUUCCUUGUCUUGAUUACGUGACUAGCUAUCGAGUACAAAAACUUCAAAAUCGUUGUUGUAGGUUCGUUUGUGGUCUGCGAAAGUUUAGCCAUGUGUCUAAGAAGAUCAAUGAGCUUAGAUGGUUGAGGGUUGACCAGCUUUUCACAUACCAUUUACUAAUAUUAGUACAACGAAUCAAAAUCAAUAGGCUACCUGCUUAUCUACUAAAAAGGCUACUACCACGUGGGGAUCUCAAUUACAGGAAUCUCAGACAUAACUCUGACUUCAAUAUACCUAGUUAUAUGAGCAUUUUCUAUCGUAGUUUCACCUACAAUGCUGUCAAGGUGUAUAAUAGUCUUAAUAACAAUUGCAAAAAGAAGGGAAUACUUGCAUUCAAGAGAGCCAUUAAGAACCAUCGUCUGGGGUCUGCUAGCCAAGCUAACUGAUAUAUUUCUUUUUUUUUGUUAGAGCGGGCCAUGUAGUAUUGAUGUAUAACAUCUUAAGAUUACUCUAUUUUAGCCUUAAUUAUUGUAUAUAUUAGUUAGUCGAUUGCUAUUCAUUGUUAUAUCUUUUUUUUGUAUGUGUUUCUGUGCUGUGAGGUUAAGUGGUAGAGUAGCCAGCUGGAUAAACAUUGCCUCGCAGUGUGGAUGGAUUUCUAAAGACAUUAUUAUUAUUAUAUUUAGCUUUGUGAGAAAAGGUGAUAUAAUUUAUAUAUGAAUGAUUGACCAUAAAAUGAC